AUGAGGAGUAAACCUGUAUUUGAAAAUAAAUCCAUCUCCCAUUAUUAUUGCAACAGCCCAACAGAAAGUGAUGGAACAGUUACUCUUGCUGCAGUAGCAGCUCAGUUUCCAGGGACUACAGGAUUGAAAUACAGAAACCCUGAAACAAACAAGCUCCGUGGAGUCCGGAUACAGGGUGAUAUACUCUACCCUCCUUCAGAGGAGGAGGGGUGGGGACCAUAUACCUACCUUUGUGUCAGAGUAAGACCUGAAUCUUCUCCAAAGAAAGAUGAAUCUGGGCUGAAGAGGAAAACAGAUAAUGAUGGAGAGAUGUACAGCAAGAAUAUACGGUAUGAUGGUGAUGAGGAUGAGACUACUGAUCUGAUUGUGCUGGGUUUAUGUACAGUAUAAUAUGGGUUUAUGUACAG